GACACUCCCGAGUCCCUCAGCAGGUCUCCAUCCGGCACUGAGCCUGGAUGCAGGAGCGCACAGUCUGACACUCAGCGGUGGUGGAGGACCGCUGGUCGGACAGAGCGGGAUGGACGCCUCAUCUCACAGCAAAGCUGCUGGAGUUCGUCUGGUUGGGAGGUGCUGGAGCUGAGGGCGUGAUGAAAAGCAAGCCGUCACUUUCCAUUUAAUUCGCUGUCUUUACGCAGGCAGGAGCGCUGCGCUCUGCCCCUGACAGUAAUCCGCUUGUCGGGGAGGAGCAGGGGAAAGCUCUCUCUACACUGUAGCAGAGGGGAGAGGGCUGGAACAGCAGGUUAAGACCAAAGAGAGUUCAACAAACGUGUGGUUGCAUGGACCGGUUCUAGUUGGCAGGAAGGCUGCUAGGAUGAGCGGACCGACAAAAGUUAAGUACCAUUCAGGCCUCUAUGGAGGAAACCACAGCAGCAGCAGCAGCAGCUCUACAGCCAGCAGAGGAAAUUCACCAAUUAUGUGUGAGCGAUGUCGGGAGGCUUGUCAUGGAGAGGUGGUGCGUGUCAAGAACACGCACUUCCAUAUUCACUGCUUCACCUGCCAAGUGUGUGGCUGCGACUUGGUGCGGUCAGGUUUCUUCCACCACUCUGGUGAAUAUAUCUGUACUGAGGACUACCAGCGCCUGUACGGGACCCAGUGUGACAGCUGUGACGAGUACAUCACUGGAGAGGUGGUCUCUGCAAUGGGGAGGACGUACCACCCGCACUGUUUUGUCUGCAGCGUCUGCAGGCGUCCAUUCCCAAUUGGAGACAGAGUGACCUUCUGUGGGAAAAAGUGUGUAUGUCAGCAGUGCUCGCGCUCUCUGAAAAAAGACAAGCCUGUUAAGAUUCUUGGACCGAGCUACUGUGCAGGCUGCAGCCAAGAGAUCAAGCAGGGCCAAUCUCUGCUGGCUUUGGAGAGGCAGUGGCACAUCACUUGUUUCAAAUGUAGGACGUGUGGCUGUACUCUCACUGGGGAAUACAUCAGCAAAGAUGGGAUUCCUUACUGUGAGGAUGACUACCACACUCAGUUUGGGAUCAAGUGUGAAGGCUGCAGCAGGUACAUCAGCGGCAGGGUGCUUGAGGCCGGAGGAAGGCAUUACCACCCGAGUUGUGCCAGGUGUGCUCGCUGUCACAUGACGUUUCAAGAAGGAGAGGAAAUGUACCUUACGGGUUCGGAGGUUUGGCACCCCAUGUGUAAAGAAGCAGCUCGGCUGGAGAGAAAACUGAGGCUGAGACGAACCUCUGAGACUGCAUCCACUUCUCCAUCAGGUUCCUCUCCGCUGCUUGGCUCCCCUCACCGGCUCAUCUGUUCCUUGGGCUCCUUAUCACCAUAUUCUCAUGAUAUCUUGGACAGUGUUGAGUUAAGAAAGAGGCUUUCCUGCAGCUCCGCCUUCACGGAGUCUCCUGCACAUAGUCAUCAUGGAGGAUCCCCACUGCAUUAUUAUCACCACGGCAGUGAGAGUGGCAGAAGUUCACCUAUUUAUACUCAACCAGAGCCCAGGUGUGCCACACCCACCACCUCCACCUUUCAAGUUCCCAAGCAUUUCCAUGUCCCAGUGUCUGAAGAAAGUAACAUUUACAGGAAACCUCCUAUCUACAAGAGACAAGACGCUCCUGUCUCUCCAACUAACAGGAUUAAGAUCAAUGAGAAUCUCCUCAAUUCCAGUCAGUUUUCCACCUCUAACUUCAACAGCCUUUAUCACACAGACUCCAAUUAUUUCCCCUACAGUGGCUCUCCAAAAGUGUCCAGGGUUAGGAGGUUUUCAUCUGGAGGAGAGGAGGAUGGAUGGAAUCAAAAUAUAAACAAGGGAAUUGGCAGGAUGAUCCUAAAAGAAGAGAUGAGAGCGCGAUCAGGGGUUCAGGGCAACAACCACUGGAGGAGCGCACGCAGCUCCCGGAGUAACAGCAAGGAGACCCUGAACAAUCUGGAAUACAGCUCCCUUAAUGGCUCUCCCAGUUCCACGUUGAGUGCAGACAACGACUCGUACAUUUCCAAAUCUGCCUCGUUGCCAGGAUACGGCAGGAACGGACCGAACAGGCCUGGGAGUGUGAACACAGAUUACUACCAGUACGACAGCAGUAAUGCAGUUAACUGGCAGAUAAGAGAAUACAAGAUCUACCCAUAUGAAGCACUUAUGGUUUCAGUAAGAGGAGAGCAGCAUCUCCCUAAUGAUGUAGAUAGAGCCCGUCUAGAGCGUCACCUCUCCCCAGAAGAGUUUUACAGAGUCUUUGGCAUGCCCAUGUCUGCCUUUGACCGCCUGGCUCAGUGGAAAAAGAAUGAACUGAAGAAACAGGUCCGACUGUUUUAGGAAAAGUCAGGAGAUCCAUCAACAGCGCUCUGAAUACUGCUUCCAACCAGAUUUCAUCUGACCAUGAGUAUGAAUAUGAUUCAAAGAAGAAGCAUUCAGCCUUACAUACUCUAACUGAUAUGCACUAAGGCUUAAUGAGCAAUAAGUAUAAGGGCAACGAAACAAACAUUGGAUGAUGGCUUUAAGAGAUGUGUUGAUGCUGUAAAAGACAGGAAGCAGGGUGAUUGUAAGGCUGCUUUCCCAACUUGUAGCAGUAGAUGGCAGUGUGUUGCAGUCUCAGCAACACUUAGAAACACCUUUCCAUACAGAAAGAUUCAUCUGAACAUGAAGGAGUGGCUUGGAAAGUCAGCUGGUUAGGAGAAAGCCUCCAUGAUCCAAUUUCACACAGAAACUGCCCUCAAAAUGCAAAAUUAUUAGCAUUACAAAUCCUGUGAGAAUCUCAGAAUUAAUGUUACUGAACAUAGUUAUUAUGUUUUUUAAAAAUAGAAUACAAAUACUCAAAACCAAAAUUUGUUUAAUGCUUUUGUAUUGUGUAAUAGCAUAUUUGAUUUCUAUUUUUAGCAUAUUUUAAGCCAUACAUGCGUUAUAACUUUUGUACCAUUUACUGAUUUGUGGUUUGAAU